AUGGGCAUGGGGAUAGGAAUUUAAAUGGUUGGCAACAAGGAAAUUCCACUUUUGAUGGACAAAGUGGUCCCCUAAUUUAUGUCGUAUCUUAUCAAUGUAGAGGAAGCUGCAUCACGUGUACUGGAUGCAAGAGAUGACCCGAACAGAUUUGCUGGUGAAGAGUUCUCUCAACUGGAAGGAAAGUUUGGGGCCCUGAAUGGAGGUGAGGGUGGAGUUGAAUGGACAGGUGUAGCACUUCAGUCGCUUGGAGGGAUAUUUGCCAGGAUUAGUUGGGAGGGAUGAAUGGACAAGGGAAUAAUGGAGGAAAGUUGGAGGAGGUAAAGAUGUGUUUGAUGAUGCAAUCUUGUUGAUAGCACCUUUGUAACUGGAAUAAUUUCUGUAUUUCAGAAACAUUAUCAAUGGGAAUAUAGAACAAUAUAAAGAUUAAAUUCAGCAUGUGAGGAGUUAUUGCCUGAGGCCACACUGCCAUCUGCUGCUGACAACCUCAUUGGUGUUUAUUUUUAAAUUGGGUGUCUAUAUACUUCAUUCAUCUGCAAUUAAGCAAAAAUAAAUAUUAAUAAAAAUGUCUGUUAAUAAAAUAAAAACAAAUAUUUAAAUAUUCACAUUUUCCUCAUCUAAUGGUAAACAUUAUAGGUGAAAUGGUAAACAAUGCGGUGAAAUGAUUCACAAGAUUCGUAAGAACCGUUGUUCCUGAAAAGUAAAAUGAAAACAAUAUUAAAGUAUCUGAGUGAGAGGCAUAUCUUUCAUUGUGAUGAAUCAUAUUGCUUAUUUUCAUCUUAUCUAAUGAAAUGUUCAAAUGCAAAUGUAGUUCUAAAGUUAUGGAGAUGAGGCAGCUUUUUUUUUAGCCAGAGGGUGAUGAAUCUGUGGCAUUUAUUGCCACAGACCACUGUAAGAGGCCAAGUUAUUAAGUAUAUGUGCUUAAAACAGAAAUUGAUAGGUACUCAAUUAGCAAGGAUACCUGCCGAAGGAUCUCAGCCCAAAAAGUUGACUGUACUUUUUUCCAUAGAUACUGCCUGGCCUGCUGAGUUGCUUGGAUUUCCAGCAUCUGCAGAUUUUCUCUUAUUUGUGUUUUAUGAGAAUUAGUUGUUGCCAAAGUCCUUGUUUGGGGUAACAUACAUUUCUCCCAAUUAUAUCAUUCACAACCACCGCCAUCGCAUUGGGGUUUCAACUUUAAGAGGCUGGUCCAUUGUGAUAAAAGGUGUUACCAGUUUCAUUAAACAUUAUGAAACCCGUAACAUCUGUUAUUGAACUCCAAAACCUACACAACAAAAGCACGCUAAAACACUUUUACCUAAAAUGUCACCACGUCAGACUAGCUUCUUUAAAGUGCAACCCCAACUCAAUAUCGAUGGUUGUGAAUUCUGUACAUUUCUCCCUAUUGUGUCACCCUACUUGUAACAAGCCUCUGAAAAUGGAAGCCAUGACAAUUUUUUUUUAGUAGAACAUUACUUCAACUAUAAAAGGUUUAUUAUGGCUGGCUAUGCUGUAACAUCCAACUUCAGCACAGUUGGAAAGGCUUCGAUGAUACAUAAAUUUACCAAAGUGGGAAGAUUUUACUUCCACAGAUAACUGAAUAAUGUGGAAUUAUUAUCCUUGGAACAGAGACUGGAGGAAUCUGGUAGAGGUAUCAUGAAAAACAAGGUAGACAGAAACAAUUCCUUUGUGAACAGGGGAAUGUAAAAUGAGGAUGUUUGCUUGAAGAACUAAGAGGCACAUUUUAUAUGGCCAGUGUUUAAGGUCAGGAAAACACUCUAAGUGCAGUAGUGGAGGUAAAUUUAGUUCUAGCAUUCAAAAGGGGUCUGCUGAAAUACCUGAAGGAAUCUGCAGAGAUGCAUGGAGCUGGGAGGAAGGGAGUAUGCAGGGUUGCCUGGUUGGACUGAACAGGUAGAAUGGCUUCCUUCCAUUCAGGAACAAUCACCCUUCUCAACUUAUAACUUUCUUGGCUCUGAUGAAAGGUCCUCGGCUCGCAAUUUUAACUUUGAAUCUCCAUAAAUCUUGCUUGAACUUUCCGGCAUUUUGCGUUUUUAUUUCAUAUUUCAGGUGUCUCGUUUCCCCUUUUUACAGAAGUCAGCCUGCUUGAAGGAAAAUCAAACGCUAAAAAUACUCAACAGGACGAGCGCCAGUGAUGGAAACGUGACAAAGAAAACGUUUCAGUUCGAUGUCCCUCAGAUCUCCUACUAGAAGGGGAAAGAGGAAACCAUCGGAGCGUGCGCUCCCGCCUCCGCCGUCCAGAGCCCGGCUCAGGCUCAACGCCUCCUCCAGGCCGCUGUGUGGCCUCGCGAGAUUUGCAGCUGAGUUCCCGUCUGUGUCAGGACGUGGCAGCACUGCCGGUCGGCCUGUUGCCAUGGCGGGGUUAUGGUUUCUGUUCGCCGCCUUCAUCGUGGUCCCCGUCUGCAGUUUUACUUUUGCGGAUGCGGAUGUGUGCCUGCUGUGCGUGGGGGCGGCGCUGGUGCUGGUCUCGGUGGUGUGGGCAUCCCGGCGGCGGGGAGCUGUCGACCGCAGGGCUGUGUGCGUGCUGGUCAUGGGGGACCUGGGCCGCAGCCCCCGCAUGUUGUACCACUCGCUGUCUCUGGCCAGGCACGGCUUCAGCGUCACUGCAGUCGGCUACCCCGGUUCAAAACCUCAUAAAGAUGUUUUACAUAAUGAUAAGAUUAAAAUUGUCUACUUAACAGAGAUUACAACAGCAACAAAAUUUGGACCAAAGAUUUUUCAAUAUGGGGUGAAGGUCGUAGUGCAGGCUUUGCAAAUAUGUUAUGCCCUCCUAAAAAUUGAUCCACCAUCCUACAUGCUGCUGCAGAAUCCUCCAGGCCUCCCAGCAAUUGCAGCUGUGUGGGCAGUAUGUUUAUUAAGAGGAAGUAAAUUUAUCAUUGACUGGCAUAAUUACGGUUACACCAUUAUGGGACUGACUCAUGGAGUUCAUCACCCAAUUGUGCAGAUUGCCAAAUGGUAUGAACAUUUUUUUGGUAAGCUGUCUGAUGCAAAUUUGUGUGUAACUGAAGCCAUGAAAGAAGACUUGAGAGUGAACUGGAGGAUCAAGGCAGUCACACUAUAUGAUUCCCCAUCUCCCAUUUUCAGAGAAGUUCCUCUAGAAUUGCAACAUAAGUUAUUUAAGAAGCUUGCCAAUGAUUUUGUCGCAUUUAGAGCAAGGACCGAAUCUGUGCCUUCUAAUUUGGAACAGACCGCCUUUACUGUACUGAAUACAAAUACUGGAAAUAUCACACAUGUCCAAGGAAGACCUACAUUAUUGCUUAGCAGUACUAGCUGGACAGAGGAUGAAGAUUUCUCCAUUCUAUUAAAAGCAUUAGAAGAAUAUGAAAGAUUUAUAACCAGUGGUUCCAAAUUGCCAUCCCUUGUUUGUGCUAUUACAGGAAAAGGUCCAUUAAAGGAAUUUUACACCAACCUAAUUGAAAAAAUGCAUUUUAAGUAUGUUCAUAUUUGCACUCCAUGGCUGGAAGCAGAGGACUAUCCAGUGCUGCUAGGAUCUGGUGAUUUAGGAGUUUGUCUUCAUAAAUCAAGCAGUGGGCUAGAUUUGCCAAUGAAGGUAGUAGACAUGUUUGGUUGUCGUUUGCCCGUGUGUGCACUUGAUUUCCAGUGUCUACCAGAACUUGUGAAACAUGAAGAAAAUGGUCUAAUAUUUAAAAAUUCUCAUGAACUUGCUGAGCAACUAAAGCUUCUCUUCACAGAUUUCCACAACGAAACAAACAAACUUGGUGUAUUUAAAAGAAACUUGAAAGAAGCCAAGAUGGUUCAGUGGGAUGAGAACUGGGAUGAAAUGGUGCUUCCUCUGCUGGCAAGUCAUUGA